AAAACAAAACCCGACUACGAGGAGAAAGGAUUUCCUUUUUCCACUUUACUUCUACAGAAAACAUCGAUUAAAAUACCUUCAAAUUGUUGUAUAAAAUAUACGCAAUGGCCACCUCACCUUCAUCAAGUGAAACGACGGAACGCAAGGAAGAGCUAAAGUUGGAAACCAACCCCAAAAUAGUCACGAAGGCCACAGAAAUCCUAGAACCGCUCCCCAGCUCAACGGUGGACAAGAAUCUGGAUAAUGUCCUGGAAGCCGUCAAAACCGUGGACCAGACGUGCGAUUUCAAGAGAUGCAAGCAGAAGACAAACAUGAUGGGCAGUAAUUGUGGGUUUUGCAAGCAACGAUUCUGCUUCAAACACGGCCUGCCGGAGAUACACGGAUGUGGUGAAGCGGUGAAGAAACAGGAACGGGAGGAAUUCAUGCAUCCUCUGCCGGCGAAAACGGUCCAGGCUCAGGAGGAUCUGAAAAAGGCACACAGCCGGUUGGAUAAGAAGCUGAAGCAGAUGAAUUUGGGCCGGAAGGCGAAACCAUCGGGUAGUUCUUCGUCGGAGGGUGGAGGAAGUAAGAGGAAAGGGAAAUCGUAAUUUUCUUCAAAUUUGGGUUUUUAUUUCAAAUACGCUUGUUGCUGUGAAACACCUAAAAUACAUUGUUUUUACGAGUAAACUAA